AAAAUUCAAACUUACGUUUAAUGUGAAUUUAUAAUAAAAUCUUGUGUGAUCAGUAUUUAAGAUGAAUUCAAAAUGACAGCUGUUUCAAAUAAAGGUAUCAAACGGAAGAUUUCUAUCGAUAAUUUUGUCGAUAGCAGAGACACUCAGUGUUGUAAGAGAAUUUCGUAUUUCGCUUGUUUGUGUGGUGUUGUGUCUUUACUACUACAAGCAUAUAACUAUGUGGAUAAUGUUGAUAAUAUCAAUAUGGAAAGUGAUGUGAUAAGUGUUAUCGAUAUGAAAUUGGAGGAGAAAAUUGAUGCAUAUUUACGACAAGCAACUGGCACUACUUCGCAUAGACGAAAACGGGAUGCAAUGCUCAAAACAUCCUCAGUCAUGCAAGAGGACUACACUGAGGGCCCUCACGUGGAGUUCUUCGAUCCCAAGAUAAAGUCUCAGCUGGAGAUGAAAGACACCAACGAGAUGAAACGAACUGGAGCAAAGGGCGCCGCUCCUGGUGGAGACACCUGGGUUUGGCUGACCAGUUACUCAAGAGUGCCAUACAAAGUAGUACAAGGAUUCUGUAAAGCGACACAAGACUACUGUCCACCAGGCGUGCGGGGUCCUUCCGGUCCUGCGGGGCCUACUGGACCGAAAGGUGACAGAGGAGACCCCGGAGCCCCUGGUACGGCAGGUAGUCCGGGGUUAAGAGGACCUGUUGGACCUCCGGGCCCAAAAGGGGAACGAGGAUUCCCUGGUAAUCCAGGACUAGAUGGACGAGACGGUGUCCCCGGUGAGCCAGGUUUGGAUGGACUCUCUGGGAGAAAUGGUGCGGACGGUGCGCCUGGGAAAGACGGACGUGAUGGUAUACCGGGCAAGGACGGCAGCCCGGGUAAAAAUGGGAAGGAUGGUAAAGAUGGCAGACCUGGAGCCCAAGGGCCUUCAGGCUUAAAAGGCCUAAAAGGCGAUCGAGGUCCAAUAGGGCCUAAAGGCCUACGAGGCAAUGACGGAAGAGAUGGAGCUCCCGGAAAGCCAGGCUUGUCAAUCUACAAUUAUACUAAGGAGAACCAAAUGUUUAUACCACCUACAUUUGCGUUGGACAACCCAAGACUGAUAGUGAGAGAAGGUGACACCAUGCGUAUAGAUUGCAACCCGAAGGCUUUCCCGGAGGCUGCCAUAGAGUGGAGGAGGGCUGAUGGCACUCCCAUUAUACAGGGUUCCUGGCGCGAUGCAUCAGUGAGCGGCCACGUUCUGAACAUCCCCAACGUGUCGCGCUGGCACACUGGCAAGUAUGUCUGCCUUGCCAACAAUGGCAUGCAGCCACCUGCCAACCAGACCACAGAUGUUGAAAUCCAUUUCAGUCCAUACAUAAGAGUGCCAAAUAAUAUCCUCUACGUGCCACAUAACAACAAAACGGCCAGAAUCGAAUGUGAGAUCCAAGCGUGGCCAGAACCUGUCCUAGCAUGGGAAUGCGAUGGGUUAACUUUAGAGGGAUCGCGCUUCAAAACUGAGGUCUCCACAACCGGAGACCCGUGGAGAUGGAUCAUGAGACUUGAGAUAGCCAGCUUCAGAGAACACGACCUGAGGCUUUACAGCUGUGUAGCGAAAAAUGAACUCAAUAACAAGACUGUUAAGGGACAUAUUAAAUUGAUGUAUGCUGGUCCUAACCAGCAAAACCAGAUUCAGCAGCCGAUGGAGUUCGGCUCCCCUCCUCCCGUCCUCACGUCGUAUGAGGAGCUGUGCAAGGUCCAGAAGUGUCCAUCCUGUCCACGCUGCGACCGCGCCCUGCUACUGAUCUCCACUAUGAACUCUACAGCUGGAUACAAGUUGACUAGGAACCUCAACUGCCAACUGUACGCCAUCGGUAAGCCUGUCUACCAUCGGUAUAAAGAAGAAUUGUUUGGAGCUUGGCUGAGAGAUUCAAACGCUUCUGACAGUCAGAAAGAAAAGCUAUGGACGACACAAGAAAACGAUGUAGAAAGACUGCGAGAGUACCGCAGCAAAUCCAGUUUCAAGUCCGACCAGGUUGAUGAGUUUCAUAAGCUGCAGAAACCAUUCUUUGGCAACGGUCACAUCGUAUACAGUGGCUCGUUCUUCUACCAAGCCAACGAAUCAGGGAACCCGGGAGACAUCAUCCGCUACGACCUCACGCAGAGCAGGAUCAAGUCAGUCCAUCUGCCGCAUGCUGAUGGGAGACUGUACAGUGCACAACACAAUCAGGUGGACUUCAGUGCUGACGACAACGGUCUGUGGGCCAUCUACUCUAUGGCGGACUCCAACAACACGGCCGUCGCCAAACUCAGCUUCGACCCCAACAAAGAUGACCUCAACAUCAAUUAUAUUUGGAACAUAUCAUUAAAUCAUAAACAAAUGGGUGAAAUGUUCAUAGUAUGCGGCGUGUUAUACGCACUGGACUCAGCAACCGAACGGGAGAGCAAGGUGACGGUUGCCAUAGACCUGUACCUCAGCAAGCCGGUAGAAGUGUCACUACAGUUCACCAACCCGUUUAGAAAGACAACGCAACUUGGCUACGAUCAUACACAUAGGGAGCUGUAUUCGUGGGAUCGUGGCAAUCAGUUAACUUAUCCUGUCAGAUACAAUGAGUUACCCUGACAUAAGUUGACUUAACUCUAGUCUAAUUAGUUUUGAUUGUAAUUACAAUGGCUAUUUAAAAAAUCGGUUUACGAAUAAACAAUGAUUUGAUACUAAAGUAUUUUUCAGAUAGCAUGGGUACAGUAACAGUCGCCUGUAUGACGUUCGUAAUACGUACCUACUAUUAUCGUGAAUUUCAUUAUUCUUAUAUCCAGGUUUUCCUAAAGUAAUGAUGUAAUGAAUGUUAGGUAUUGUCAUAUUUUGUACAAAUUUAAUUAAUAAAAAUCUAUUUAAGUAUCUA